AUGUCCGCCCCUACUCCAGAAAUCCUUCGAUUCACAACUCAUAAGUCUCUAAGCCACCGACUGGUUCUCUCUGCCCUAACAGGUCGCCCAAUUCAUAUCUCCCAGAUUCGAAGCUCCUCACCCACCAAUCCGGGUCUUGCUCCUCACGAAGUAUCCUUCUUGCGACUGCUGGAAUCUAUCAGCAAUGGAUCCUCGGUACAAAUAUCCUAUACUGGUACCACACUGGUCUAUAAUCCAGGUGUCAUAGCUGGAUCGAUUGAUGGUCUGGGUGCAGAUGUGGAUGGAGUGAUAAAAUGUCAUUUGCCGGCGAAUAAUACUCGGGGCGUUAGUUAUUUCUUACUGCCUUUAUGUAUGCUCGCGCCCUUUGCGAAGAAGGCUGUCAAUGUAAGGUUUGAGGGAGAGGGCGUCAUCACAAGUUCGACGGAAGCGGGCGAUAUAUCGGUAGAUAGCGUCAGGACGGCUAUUCUACCACUCUACGAACCGUUCGGCAUCAUGGCCAGCAAGUUGGAAAUUCGAGUUUUGCAAAGAAGUUGUCCGGGCCCAGGAGGCAAAGGUGGUGGAGGUGUGGUAGAGUUAAGGUUUGGAAGUCAAAUCAAGGCGCUGCCUAAGACUUUGCAUUUAAAUAGGAGUCCAGGCAGGGUGAGGAGGAUAAGAGGUGUGGCAUAUGCGACCGGUGUGAGCAAUAGUCAUAAUGCGAGGAUGAUACACGAGGCCAGGGGAAUAUUGAAUCCAUUAGUAGGAGAUAUUCAUAUUGCGACACAGUAUGAUCAAGCGCCAUUAGUAUCAGCCAGGGAUAAGACGAAUCCGAGCGCAAAAAAGAGAACGGGAGUCGGAUUUGGGUUGGCAUUGAUUGCGGAAACUAGUUCGGUGGGUGUAAUAUAUUCGGCGGAUGUGGUGUCUCCGAGUGCGGGAGGUGUCGCGCCCGAAGAUAUUGGAAAGCAGUGCGCAUAUCAGCUGUUGGAAAUCAUAUCACAAGGAGGUUGUGUGACCAAGGCUGGAGCACCCGCGGUUCUAACUAUGAUGGCAAUGGGCUCAGAGGAUAUUGGCAGAUUGAGAUUAGGGCGAGAAGUAAUAGCCACAGAGGAUUUAAUAGGGUUAGGGAGAGAUCUAAAAAAGUUUGGAGCAAGCAGUUGGGGUUUACGGGAUGUAGGAGAGGACGAAAGUGAGGAUAUCAUAGUAAGCGUUAAGGGCACGGGAGUAGGGAAUGUUGGUAGAGGCGUUCAAUAG